AUGGCUUCAGGCGGAUUUGGUGGCUCACUCUUUGGAGGAAAUAAGGGAUCGUCAAUUCUAGCAGCUGGCCAGCCGGCGCAAACAGGUACCUCGAGCUUGUUUUCAACGAAUCAACAACAGUCGCAACCACAGCAGACGCCGCAGAACCCCCUGCCAUCGCUCGCACAAUCGACGCAGUCUGCACAAGCCACACAGCCUGCCUUCUUCAAUAGUCUAUUAGAACGCGGAAAAAAGCGCCCAUUCGCCACGGGCUCGCAGGACAACAGCUAUGGAGAACUACCGAGCCUUCAGUUAGKCCUUGAUGAUAUUCGCAGGAAAGCCAGGGAGCUCGGCGGCCAGGACACAAAAGCUGCGCGUCAAACCGGACGUGAUCAAAAGGCACAUUACCUUCUCGCCGCGUCAGGUAUCUCUCCGGGACAUGCGCUACGCGAUCUGAAGGCCCUUGAUGCGCAGGCCUCUAUACCCAGUCCCUUCAAACAAGCCGAAGGAUUUGACCCUGAUAAUGAGAAAUUCAUGAAAAGCGUACAACAACGCGGUCGUCAGGCUAUGGUUGCAGAGAGUCUUGCUCGCGUCCACCGAGACUUCGAUACUUUCUUGGAAGAAAAGGUUAACAUGAACUGGGAUGACCAACGUCGUAAAAUCUUCCAACAUUUUGGUCUGUCAUCUAGGGAUGAUUUGGCAGGUGGUGAUAGUCUUAAACGGGGUUCGUUUGGCCGUUCUGCUACGCAUCCUAGGCAGCCCGGCGGUGCGACAGGCACUCGAAGCGUAUUUGGGCGCUCGGGGUUGGAAAAAUCUGUUAUUGGACAACCUGGUGGUUCUCUUUCCAGCUCUCAGCUUUUUGCAGAUCAUGGUGAUAGGGCCGAUGUUGGAGCUCAGGGUCCUGAUACUCGCUUUUUGCGCGAGAAAAUGGGCCUGUUUGCCAAGAAGGUGGGAGAGCUCAAUGCAGCACGACUAGAAGAGAAACCUUUUGCCAUCUUCCAUGAGUUUGGGAGUGUGGAGGAUCAUCCCGCUGGUGAUGUACCACGACAAUUAGCAGGAGCCUACCAAGCUCUCAUAUCUAUAACUGGAGAAUCGCGCGUUGUGACCAGUUUCGGAGAGCCUGGUGCUAUCAAGGAGAGAGAGUUUGCCGGAGACUACCUAAAUGAAUUAAACACAUCAAAAGGCGCUACAAGUUUGAGGAAAAGGAUUGUGGAGGGAUCUAGAGUGUAUUUGGAGAAUUUGUUCUACUCCGAAGUUGAGGCCGUCAUUGCGAAGAACCCACGCGAAGCGCAACUGGGAGGAAUUCCCUCGACUAUCAACAGAAUUCGCGCCUACAUUCGCCUUCGUGCUGCUAGAAAAGAUCUCGCACCGGACGGAACGGAAUUGCAGAUCGUGGGCGAAGAUUACUGUUGGAUUUUGAUCUUCUUCCUACUUCGAUGCGGUUUUGUGACUGAAGCUGCUGAAUACGUCAGUUCCGAUCCAGGUUUCCGUUCGCUUGAUCACAAAUUCGUCACAUAUAUGACCACAUAUGCGCAAAGCAGGAGGUUACCCAGAGACUUGCAACAAAAAAUCAAUGGGGAGUACCAACAACGCCUACGAAAUGCGCCAGAAAAUACCAUCGAUCCUUAUCGAAUGGCCUGUUACAAGAUCAUCGGUCGAUGUGACCUGGGCCGCCGCCGAUUGGACGGCGUUGGACAGGGUGUUGAGGAUUGGAUGUGGCUGCAGUUCGUUCUAGCCAGAGAAGACGACCGAGUCGAAGAGUUUGCAGGAAAUGUCUUUGGCCUCGAAGAUAUUCAGACCGACAUUGCAGAAAUUGGUCAACGCGUGUUUGCAAAGGGACAAGAUACUCCAGGCGGUUAUGGAACGUUCUUCCUCUUACAGAUUUUGGGUGGCAUGUUCGAACAGGCUAUUUCGUAUCUUGGGUCUCAUGCACCAGUUAGUGCUGUGCACUUUGCAGUUGCUCUCGAUUAUUACGGGCUUUUGCGCGUCGCAGACUUUUACACUGGCGGAGAGGAGAUUUUAUCGUUUACAACGAAGCAAUUUCCGCAAAUCAACUUUGCUUACUUGAUCACGCAAUAUACUCGUGAAUUUCGGACUGGCAAUGUUGAAGCAGCAAUUGAUUAUUUCGCUCUUAUUUGUUUGAACGCCGAUCUGCCCGGUGCGCUCGGAAAGUCACAAGCAUCUGUCUGUCAUGAAGCGUUACGAGAGUUCAUCUUGGAGACAAGAGACUUUGCAAAGUUGCUGGGUGAUAUUAGAGCAGACGGCGUGAGAAUCAAGGGUGCUAUAGAACGCCGUCUCAGACUCAUCAAGCUCGUCGACCAAGACGAGUUCCUCAGAACGAUCACGGUGCAAGCAGCAACGGUUGCAGAUGACAAGGGAUUGAUUGCUGAUGCAGUACUUCUUUACCAUCUCGCCGAAGACUAUGAUCAUGUCAUCGAAAUCAUCAAUCGCUCUCUUUCAGACACCGUUUCACUAGAUCUCGGUCAAUCAGUCGCGGACUUCCAACCCUUGAAGCCCAGAGUCGAACAUGGGCCUUCUCCCUCUGCAGAACCGGGCAGCAGCCUCAGUCUGACAACAGUCGACGAUCCCAUGACAUUGGCCAGGAACAUGAUCAGUCUCUACAACAGCAACGCACUCUAUUACCAAAAGAUUCGCCAAAUUAACCGCGAUGCAUGCGGGCUUUUACUCCGUAUGUUGGAAGCAAAGGGUCAAGUUGAAAUCGGUAACUGGGCACCAGCACUAGACGCAAUAAACGACCUUCAAAUUCUCCCCCUCCGCGCCAAAGGCUCGGUACCCUACAUCCGCAACGCAGCCCAAUCUUUUGCAUCUUUGCCAAGCGUAAUCUCACGCAACAUCGGUCCACUAAUCAUCUGGAGCAUAACCUGCAUCGGGCGCGAGCGCGAGCGACUAUAUGCAGGUGCCUACGAGAACGAGAUUCGUCAAGCUCUUGCCGAGGAAUUGUUGGCGAUGGCCAAGGAUUUGAUGUUGUUUGCCGGUAUGAUCAAGUACAAAUUGCAGCCGAGGGUUUAUGAGACCUUGGCCAGGGCGGGAGCUGAGAUUGGUGCUUUUUAA